AUGGGUAUUUGUUUAGAUACAGACAAAAGCAACACCGUCCAGGAAGUGGAAGAAACGGACUGGAAAGGUGGCGGAAGAGGUGGCGACUCCCGGGUGGCAAUCGUUGCAUCCCCUACGCACAGCGGUGUGGGCGGAAACCGUCGUGGUGCUGCAAUGCAAAACGUUGGCAAAGUCAAGUUCGAUCCGCCCAAGGUACCGGUCAUCUUCAUACUCGGUGGCCCCGGUAGUGGCAAAGUGACCCACUGCGACACCCUAAUGCAGGAGCGCCGUGGAGUCACUCAUAUUAACAUGAUGGACCUCCUGCAGCAGUACGCCAUCGGAAAUGAUAUGCAGGAUUUCUCCAAGCUUUCAUCGCGAACUGUCACCGAGGUUCUCAUGCUUGAAAUGAAAAUGUCACCAGCUGCCAAAACCUACCUUGUCUCCGGAUAUCCCCGGUCCAUGCGAGACGUUGUGGAAUAUUCUGAAAAGAUCCAGGUGAUCAAUGGAGUCAUACUAAUUUCUUGGCGCCAAACAAUUCUCCAGCGUCAAAUCGACUACGGUGCCAAGUUAGGCCAUGUGGUACUGUCACUAGCCAAAAUGGAACUAGAAAAUUUUUUCAAGAAUGUCAUGCCAGUUGCUGAUUAUUUUGAUCAAAGUGACAUGUUGAUUGCAAUUAACGGGGAACGGGCACCAUCGGAAGUGUACAAAGACUUCCGAGCAGCCGUGCUCGACAUUCUCGGAGCGCAGGAAAAUCAGGAAGCGCUUUUGAAUGGAGUUGCAGGUAUGGGUAGGGGCGUAGACGACAUUCCCGGCAGUAUAGUAAGCGUAGAAACGGCACCUAGUCAACAUAAAGUCAUUACAGCUGCUCCAGCACAUCAAGUAGAAAUCAAUAGUCGAACUCGAUCUCCGUCGCCAACUGUACGAUCAAUUCUGGCCAGUCCCGGUGCUCCUCUGGUUAGACAGCAGUCACGUAUCGAUUUAGGAACAGAGUCAGUACCACAGCAGAAUAGUACUAACAUGCUAAGCGUUCCGGACAAAUCCGGUAAAAUUCCGCCAAUUAUUUGGGUGAUUGGUGGACCAGGCAGUAACAAAGCGACACUUUGCCUGAAAGCUGUUGGGGUUAGUCCUGGCUGGGGACACUUUAGCGUAGGAAGAUUAUUAAGAACUAUGGCCGACUCGGACCCACGCAUAGGUACAAACAAUUAUGCCGUUAAGGAGGCAAUAACAGCCGGGGAAAUGGUUCCCAAAAAUGCCUUGGAACAGCUUCUCGCGACUCAGUUGAAUCAGUUAAAAGACAAACGUGGAAUAAUCAUCGAUGGUUUCCCAAGGGAUAUGGAGCAGGUGGCAUAUUUCGAAAAAGAAUACAAUCAAAAGCCUCCGAUUAUUUUACUGGACUGUUCCAAGCUGCAGCUUGGGCGUGGCAGACUAGACGAUACCGUAUCUUCCUUCCGGCGACGGCUUGAACUGUUUCGUGAGCUAACACUUCCCAUGUUGAAGGAAAUGGACACCGCAGGACGGUUGACCAUUGUUGAUGGAGACACCGAUAGCCCAACGGUUCAGCGAGAGUUCGAACGUAUCGUUCGCGAAAAUAUACAGAAAGUGAUUCAGGAAAAAGAUGCUAGCAAUGCGGACAUCACUCCGGUGAAAAUUGGUAGCUUCAAAAAUGCAAUACAACAAAGUCGUCGUCAGUCGGGCGAUACGGUCGUUCAUGACCUAGAUGCCGAUGUACCGGGUGUCGUUCCAACGAUCAGCCACCACGUGAGCCUGGCUAAUGGACAUAUCGGUGCGGUAGGCAUCCCGGCCGGUGCCAAGAACGGAUUUAUACCCAACGGAAGACCAAAUUUCCGAAAUAUGCUGCAAGAGGCAGAUAAUUUUGAUUCUCAUAUGUAA